CUAUCCACUGCCGUCCCUUCUAUUUCCCAUCCAUUUUGCCUCUUUGGGUCACAAUCAACGGCGAUCAAGAGUUCCCAGCGGCCAUCAACAGUCGUCUAGCGCAAGAGUUCCACCACACUUCUUCCUCUCCGUAAUGCCUGCCCGAUUCUUCUAACAGAUUUGAUGAAUCUAGGGAUUUAAUCGUCGACCGUCUGCUUCCUCAGGCUGUUCGUCUUCCUUCCUCCACUGCACGAGCUUCUUUUUUUCAUGAUUUCAAAUACGGAGUAACCAGAUUUGGCUUGAAAUAUGCUGAAAAGAUUUCCUUGAGUCGAAGUUGUCUGUUGAAGAUGGAGGAGGAGCAUGAGCUGGAGGUAAGCUCUUGAAAGACAAUAAAAAUCUGCAAUAUAAGUGUACACUAUAGCGUCUAAUUGGCUUGAAUUUGUUAUCAUGAGCUUUCUGAUAUGUAUACACUUUUUCCAGUACAUGCACAUCUAUUAUUUUUAUAGAAAUUGGAUUGUUUUGUUUAUAUGUUAUGAUUAUGACUAUUUAUUUGAAUUUAAACAAUUUGGGGAAGGCUUAGGAUCUUUGCAUAAUAAUAAUGAACAGGAUAAAAAACUUUCACUCUCUUUUUAACCCCUCUCGAUGGGCAAAGAGAGAGGUAAGCAAGAAAUCUCAGAUAUCCUCCAUGGAACCUACAAUGAGAAGUGCUUCUAUUGCAACGAAUGACCAGUCUUAGGCUUCAACUGUGAGCAAUUCAUCAAAAUAGAUUUAUUUAUGUUUUCGUUAAAAUAUGUUUAUAUCUGCUUUCAUUUCAGGUGCAUUGCACAUAUCAGAUUAUUAUUUUUCUCCUGAUUGCUCACUUUAGCCUUCCACCUUCCAUGUACUUCAGGUUCCUUUCCUUCGGCGAUUAUUUUGGUAUAAUUUAUAAGCAGGUCAGCCAUUUCAGGUAUUCACCUCUGUAUUUUCACCAAUAAUUUGUAUUUAAAAGAUAGCAUACAUGAUCCACCCAAAGCUUUAUUGCGACUAAAGUACUCAUGUAGUGUAUCAUAGGGCCUGUGCAAAACAGAGAGGUAUUUACCAUCCACAUCAUUACAACGUCCAUUUAUUUCAACACCUCCACACCUACAUUUAACAAACUCAAUUCACUAUCUCUCUUUUAAGUUUGCUCCUUUGUAAUGGUUGAUCGCAGUAGAUGUUUAUAGACAAAUGAGAACAUUUCCACAGGGACUGCUAGCGAAGCUACCUCCUACCACACAAACCCAAGAGGACCCCAUAUAGAACAAUGGAAAUAAAAAGAAGCUCUUGAGGUUUCGGUGUCUCUUUUUAACCAAUGAAUUGUUGUUUCCUAAUCCAUGCUUAGCUUUUUAAUUUAAAUAAAACACUGAAUAUUAUGCCUGUGAUGACAUCACUAAUUCACUGAUAAUAUUGGACUAAUUGCGGAUUGUCUUGAAGCUUGAGGCCUAGCAUUUGAUUGAGGUGCAAUUGCUAUGUUUGAAUCCCAAUGAAGACCCAAGUAAAUUUUAUUUUUUAGAAAUCAGGUAAGGUAUGUAAAUCUUUAGAACACGUGGUGUGGUGUCUAAGAUGUGAGCUUAAUAAAAGGCAUUUGUUUAUAUUAAGGAUUGAGUUUGUUUUGUUUUUGAACUCAUGCUAUUAAAUAAUGUAUUAUUUACACAACUGUAUGUGCUGAAUGUUUAAGAAUUUGAGGCUUAAUAUGAUGAUGAGUUUGUGAAUUUAUGUUCAUGUUGAUACUGAAAGUUGUGCUUCAUUUGUUGUUUUUGUGAAAUAUUAGUUCUAUUUUUUUGAAAAACUGCAUUUUGAAUAAUAUUUUCUUCAUUUUGCUUGCGUUUUAAUUGUGGGGCUGCCACGUGUCAGGCCACACGAUGUUUUUUUAAGAAGUGCCAGUCCAUGUAGGACGUUAUUUGCUGAGGUGUCAUACUCCUUUUUUCUUUCAUCGUCUCUUAGGCGAUCGAGAUUAGGGUUGUAAAUUGCGACCAACACUGCAUGAACUCCAAUAGCCUUCCAAGAUCCCAUCCACCGCAGGACUUCAAAAAUCCAUAGCUAGAUUGCCUUCUCGGAUCCCAACUUCCGCAGCACUCCAUCCGCCGUAGCACUCCUGUUGAUUCACAUUAGUAACAUCGCUCAAUGGCGACCUGAGAUGGCAUUAGACACUACAAUUGCAGUUCCAGAGAGGUGGCAUCAACCUUCGGUGCCCAUCCAAAAAAAGGUAUUUUCUAAUUCCUUAACCAAAGGUUCAAUAUGUUCUCUGCUCUUUUCGGAGACGAACGAUGACACCCAUCAAAAACCUUUGCGUCUCCACUUCUUGCCAACAUCACCAGCUUUAUUUUUAUCCCAUCAAUUCAUAAAACCAUAUAUCUGAGGUUUUUUCAAUCCUCAAUUUCACUUUAAAAUAUUCAUAUUUAAAAUAAAUGUUUUUAUUUGUGUACAGAAUUAGUUGAAACGUAUUUCCUAGAUGUUCUUCAGGGUUUCUAGAAUUAGGCGUAUUCAUGUGUUUUAGUUAUGGCUAUGGCAAAGGCAGAUCUCGGUCUUGACUAAUGGUGAUGACAACUAGCUUGGUUUGCUUUGAUGCUGGUUUCUUUAGUGCCCAAUUGGGUAGGGCAUUUUUUUUGUAAAAAUAGACAAAACAGUGACGUUUGGAUGAUCAGGCCGCCGGCGGCGGCUCACCGGCGUGGAGAUUCGUUCGGCGAUCGAGAUUGAGCGUGAGAUAUAGAGAUUAUGAUAGGUGCCGCGAAUGGGGAGAUGAUGAGAACCUCCGGCCUCCCGCUCGAGACUAUCACCGCUGCUGCUACUGCAAUCGCUUCCGCACGGAAUCGCGCCUCUCAAGCUUCCUCCCAGAAGAGAAGAUGGGGAAGCUGCUUCAGCAUAUAUUGGUGUUUUGGGUCAAAGAAGAAGAACAAAAGAAUUGGACAUGCAGUCUUUGAUCCCGAAACAAGAGGGAUUCCAGGAAAUGUUCAUCUCGCUCAAGCUGAUCACCCAACUGGAACCACAACCACUUUCGCUCUUCCUUUUGUUGCUCCUCCGUCAUCUCCCGUAUCAUUCAUCCAAUCAGAGCCUCCUUCUGCUACUCAAUCACCUGUUGGAUUGAUAUCAUUCUCUUCAAUGUCUGCAAACAUGUAUUCACCCGGUGGACCUGCUUCAAUAUUUGCAAUUGGGCCUUAUGCGCAUGAAACCCAGUUAGUUUCUCCUCCUGUAUUCUCAACAUUCACCACAGAACCUUCCACAGCUCCCUUCACUCCUCCUCCCGAGUUGGUGCACCUGACAACACCUUCUUCGCCUGAGGUGCCCUUCGCCAAGCUUCUUGACCCAAACCUUCAAAACGGAAAUAUGCUUCCACUUUCACCUCGCGAAUUCCAGUCUUAUCAACUACACCCUGGAAGCCCAAUCAGCCGGUUGCUUUCUCCUGCCUCAGCAAUAUCUGGUUCAGGGACCUCAUCGCCUUUCCCUGACCGUGAAUCUCAUGACAUGACACCAGAUUCAGCAGGACCCUGGGCACAUAACAAAAUCAAGUUCCGCCAUCAAAACUCUGACAUCUGCCAUUCAAAUUCAUACUAUAAAUGGAGGAAUGCUGAGGCAGUGUCGGACCAACGAGUUUCAUUUGAGGUGACUGCAGAAGAUUUUGUUAGGUGCAUAGAGAAAAAUCCAAGGCUGUUAUCCAAUGAUAGAUCAGUAACUUCUCCUGAAAAAGUAUGGGAUUCUACAGCCAAAGCACAGGGAAGAACCGGUCCGUCACCAGGAGAAAGUCUUGAGAAGAACCGGUCCAUCACCCUCGGAUCUUCGGAGGAAUUCAACUUCUUCGAUAACGGAAACGAAGAAGUUUCAGAAACGGGUAGUGUUGCUGGUCCUUGCCCUGGCCCCGAGAAGUGGUCUUUCUUCCCAAUGAUGAUGCAGCCAGGGUGAUAUAGUAUAGUUGGUCCGGCCGGGCACCCAUGGACCUAUCACACAGGUAGCAUAUAUUAUGAACGAAGGCUGUUUUUGAAGCACUUAACAUUAUCAGAUAAAAAGGGGACUAAAAAUGGGAGUAAUCAAAAUCUUGAUUUUGAAGCAUGGAUUCUCACCUGCAGUCCUGCACAGAUUGACCAAGUCGUAGAUGUCUUCCAAUCAAUCCGGUACGCGAUAUAAAUAAUAGAUGGAUGGAUUGGUGGCGGGAUAAAUAAUUAUAAUUAUAAUAGUUAUUCGCGUCCUUUAUUUUUUUAUUAUUAUUUUGCGCGUGUGUAGAAAGUUUGGUUUUUAAUGUAAUCCCCUAUCGAAUACAUAAUAUAUUUCCGUAUCGUCUGGCUUAGAGAACAAUUUUUUAUCAGAUGGAAGAAUAGAAGGGUGCUGAUUUUAUUUCAUUUUUGGCACAACCAAUCUUUACAAAUUU